UAUCCAUCUUUUGUGCCUUCUCUUCCAGGUGUCCUCUUGGAUGAGACUGUAUGUCUCUGGAGCGGGUCCCUCAUCCUUCCUGGGUCAGCGUCCCCGACAGAACACCGCCGGCUUGGCGUCCUAGGGUAGGAACAGUCAUAAACUGCCCUGUUGCCACCACUGCAAAAUUCUCCGCUGUUCUGGCAUCUGCUUCCUCCCGUUCCUUUUGGCCCGCGGACUCCAAUGUUUUCCUCAGCAGCUGAGAGAGACAAAUGGGGACCUAGGUUCGACUCCCCCCCCUCCACUUCAGCCGCCGCCUCCCAGGCCAAUGCGACAGGUCGGAAAAGGAAAGCCAACUUCUCCAACGACGAGACGGAGACGCUGGUUUGGAAUGUAGUCCGUCACUUCAGCGCUCUGUAUGGCUCUGAAUCCUUCCGGGCUCACCCCGUCCGCCGGAAACAGCUCUGGACACAAAUCCAGAGCAGGGUCAAUUUCCUGGGUUACACCGAGCGCUCCAUCGAUGAUCUCAAGCACAAAUGGCGGGACUUGAGGUUGGAUGUCAAGAAGAAGAUCACGGCCAAGAAGCCUCCGCCUGUGCACCGGCCAGGGCCGCCCCACAAACCUCGGCUCACACCUCUGGAGAAGAUGGUGGCCUCCACCUUCCUGCAACCGACCCAUGAUUCAGAGCCAGAAAUUGUCUUGGACCCAGAGAUUUUCUUCCCUGGAGCAACUAAGCAGUCGUUUCUGCCCAUGCAACCAGGAGUCAGCCACCCCAGUAUCUACAUUGAUACCAACGGGCAGCCCUCUUCUCUGCCUGACAUGGAAGGCUCCAUGGUGCCGCGUCUGGGAGUCCAGAGUCCUGACCCAUCUGUGAUUUGUGACUACAGCAGAGGUGAAGGACAGAGCAGUUCAGCCGAGUCAGGAGCGGAGCUACGGACUCCGGAAAUGUCGGCCAUCUCCCCCCCGCUAAGAAACGAGUCCCUGGUGUCCUACGCAUCGGAGGAUGAGGAGCAAGAAGGCCAGGAGGUGGAGGUGAGGCUGGGUCUGCACCCCAGCCUAGAGCCACAGCUGUCAGCCGAGGACGAUGUGAAGGGGUCCGGCCGGCAGGCUCUGCUCAUGCACAGGUGCAACUCGCAGGGUUCCGUGGCUUCCCUGCCAGAGGAUGCCCUCAGCCACGCGGAUGCUCAUUCGGACUGGGGCCAUGAGGGUGGCCCUGACGUCCCUUCCCUGGGCAGAGUGCUCAAUCCCUCUCAGCCGGAGGAGGAGGAGGAGGAGGAAGAGGAGGCAGCCAACCAAAGCGCAGAGCUGGGCUCCUUGCCCCGGGGGCUGAUGGGGCCCGCAUGGGAGAAGCCAGAGGAGGAGCAGCAAUCCGGAUCGCCCCUCCACGUCGGGGCCCUCACUGAGGAGUCCCUACCUUCCUCCGCUUCGCCCCAGGCGGACCCGGGGCUGUCUUCUCAGCCCUUGCCGCGGGGAAUGGGUUGUUCCCGCCUGCGGGAGGGCAGCCGAGACCCCUGGAGAACUAACAUCCACCACUUGAUGGACAUGGAGGAUCAGUGGGACCAGCUGUACCACCAAGAGUUAGCAAUGUGGCAAGAGGAGCGGGCCCAGCAACGUGACGAGAGGGCCCGGGACCGGGAGCUCCAGUUCCGGUUGCUCGGAGUCCUCACGGACAUCCGUGACGAACUCAGGUUCUUGCGGCAAGAGAGGGCGGCUAGCCGGCAGGAGCGAGCCACCUCCCGGCAGGAGCAGGCCUCCCAAACCGUCGUGCAAACCGCUGCCCCUGUGCCCGCUGCCUCGCCUCCGAAACCUGAGGCCCCCUCUGCAGAGACUUCCCCUGUGACCACCCCUCUCUUUUUCCCUCUCAAAAUGGAUGCUGCCCAUUGUGGACCGUCCCCGGUUAGAGCUGGCCGGGGGGAGUCGACCACGGCUCCUCGAAGCCCUCAUGGUGUCUUCCGCAGAGGCAGGGGCCGGCCCCGGGGCUCCACCUCCAAACACAGAAGGCUGUUUAUGACCAACAGCUAGGGGUUGGCGGGGCACGUGCUGAAUCCAAACCGAAGGGCACUGUGUGCGGACAGCGCUCCCUCCAUGCGGAUGAUGGCGGGCAGAGGAGCGAGAGACAGAGACAGAAAGACAGUCUGCCUGUGUAUGUGUGUGUGAUGACAAUGUAUGUGACAUAUAUAUAUAUAAAGUUUAUUGCACACUGUAUAAGAAAAGGAUGUCUGGGAGCGUGUGUGUACACCUGAAAAGGGAGCAUGGGUGAUCAUGCGUGGAUACUUGACCCUGGGCGAAGGUGAAUGAAAUUGUGCGUUAGGGCGACUGCAGUAAAGUAAUGUGUGCGAAUUGUGCCACUACAUCUACAAUCUUGCAGAAGGGCGCUUCCCCCGUGAUGUCACGUACCCAUAUU